AUGGAUACUUCUGAGAUGGCCAGCCAGGACUCUCCGCUACGCCGAAAAUUCUCCGAACCUAUUCAUGCCAACUCUAACUCUACCCAAACAACUCCCUCUCCGUCUCCAACCUCUCAUAGAUUAAUAUGUUCUACCUGUGGAGAGCAUGUUGAAUCUUCUUCCGGUGUUUCGGGUGCUGAGGCUUUGAAAAAACACAUCGCCACUGCCCACCCCAACACUAAUAUUCCCUCCACAUACAACGGCGCUACUCACCCAGAUGAUGAGAGCCAGAUCUAUGAUGAUGACGACGAUGAACAGGCUGAGUACGACGACAUGCCUGCUAACAAACUCAAUGGCUCACCGCGCACGGUGGAUUCUGAUGAUGACGAAAAUGCCGAAAUUGCGGAAGAUGAGCUCGCAGAAGCAACUGAGUUGUAUGACGACGAGAAAGAGCCCCCGGACCUCGAUGCAGACGAGGCUGAGGCCGAGGCCGACGGCGAUGGAGAAGCUCCUGAGGGCGAAUCCGACGUCGCUCUCUCUAACCAGCUACACGAGUUCUCUCGCGAGGAAGAUUCUGCGUCGGUUGAAAAGCGUCUUCACAACUUCUGGAACAUCCAUGAUGUCCGCAAAUUCGCCGACGACUACGAGGAGAACACCAGCGAAAUCAGUGAAACAUGGACCGCUGUUUUUCAUGAAUCCAAGCGUAGCAAGAAACGCGACGCGCGAGAGAUUAUCGAGCGUCCAGAUCCUUACAAAAGGUCAACGGUCGGACGCGGCGAAUUUCUCGAGAUCACACCACUAGAGGACUUCUUGUCUCAACUUCGCGACCCUGAACUGCGUUCUAGCGAUGAGCUUCAUGCCAUCACUGAAAAUGCUGCUUAUGCUCUGAGAAUAUGGCAGGAUGAAUUUUUGGCAAUCGACAAGUUGCAGAAAUUGGCGACUAGACACCAGCUAAAGAUUACGAGUGACCCACGGAAACUCGAACGGCAACAGGUGUUUGAGGACAAGAAGGAAGCAAUGCUCUAUGGCUACAAAUAUGAUCCCAAGGAAGACAAAGUCGGCCAUCAAAACCCAUUUGUACAGGGCGGCUUCAAGCCUACUCCGGCGCAAUACAGAAAAAUGGUUCAGAAAACCGGAGCCCACAAUCCAAACCCUGAUGGAUGGCGAACCGUCACCAAAUUUGGUACUGAGCAUGUACCUAAGUUUCAAAACCCUCCACGCGAAGACUACAUCGGAAAGGCUACCCGAAAACGCAAGGCCGCAGAAAUUGAAGCCGCCAGAGUGAAUGAUUCCGAUGAAGCUGCUACCGAAACACCUACACCGGGUGAGAUUGAUCAAGACUAUGCCAAUCCCACAAAACGCCGUGCGCGUACUCGUCGUCAGGCCGCCGAAGCUGAAAACACCGCCGAGUAUGGAUAUGCACGCACUUCUGCCACGCGGGGCAGGGGUGGCCGUACUCGUGGAAGGGGUGCGGCUCGUGGGGGCUCUCGUGCUGCUUCAGAGGCACCGUUGGUCCCAGUACCCUCUCUUGGAACUCCUGCUCGGUCGACGCCUGCGGCAGAAGGCUCAUCUCAAGCACGACAUGGAGCAUCGCAGCUCGUACCAAUCGAACCAGCCCCCAAUGGAAGCCCAGCAACCGCGUCUAGCGCGAAACCGCUAAUGGGAAGCACACAAGAUGAGGCAGUUGACCCAGCCGAACUCGCACGACGACAAAAGAUCGCAAACUCGAAGAAUCCCAAGCGCACAGAAGCCAUGCUUAAUCACUGGGCUCGCUUCAACCGAGAAGGGCGUGUCCGUAACCCGAAACGGUCUAAGGCUCAAAUUGAAGCGGAUAGAGCUGCAGAAGCAGUCAAAAAGGCCACCGAGGUUUCUAAGCCCAUCAUAAAACAGAAGAAAAAAUCCGCUAGCCCAGUUAUGCCCACUCCUCCGCGAGAUACGGGUCUGGCUCCUGCGCCACCACCAUUGCCGUUGGCACCACCGCCUCAAUUGGCACCUGGACCUCAUACUCACACUCACACCCAUGCCCACACGCAUGGUCCUCCGGCUCCCCAGCUACCGCCCAUUGCUGCAGCACGCCCAGGCCCCGGCCCACUGGCCCCAUACCCACCACCACACUUGGACCCCCGGGCUGUACCACCAUUUCCUCUCGGACCUCGUGGGCCAGGCCCUCUCCAUCAACCACCACCCCAGCCCUAUCGCACGCCAUAUCCUGAUUAUUACAAUCCUUACGGAGGAGCUGGGUUACCUCCACCACCGGGCCACCCACGACCCUAG